AUCAUCAUGAAUAAAUUAUUGAACUGGAGAUUCUGACCAGAAUAUUGAUAUAGAAGCACUGCAGGUUGCAUUUGGUUCACUGUGUCGAGAUGAUGUCUUAAUAAAAAGCCCAGGCGAGUUAUUGCCAUUUUGGCAGCAGCAAGUAUGCCGCAGUUGGAUGGUUUAAUACAGCAGUGUGGUGAGACAAUGAAGGAAACAGUUAAUGUGAAAACAGCAGGGAACUAUGGAUUAGAUUCUGUAAAGAAAAAGUGCCUUGAAUGGUUUCUGAACAAUUUGAUGACUCACCAGGAUGUUGAACUUUUAAAAGAACUCAGUAUAAACGUCAUGAAACAGCUCAUUGGUUCAUCUAACUUAUUUGUGAUGCAAGUGGAAAUGGAUGUAUACACAGCACUAAAACAGUGGAUGUUCCUUCAACUUGUGCCUUCUUGGAAUGGGUCUUUAAAACAGCUUUUGACGGAAACAGAUGUCUGGUUUUCUAAGCGGAAAAGAGAUUUUGAAGGUAUGCCCUUUCUUGAAACUGAACAAGGAAAACCAUUUGUGUCAGUAUUCAGACAUUUAAGGUUGCAGUAUAUUAUUAGUGAUCUGGCUUCUGCAAGAAUUAUUGAACAAGAUUCUCUAGUACCUUCAGAAUGACUCUUCUCUGUAUAUAAACAGCAGUGGCUUGCUAUGCUGCGGGCAGAACAAGACAGUGAGGUGGGGCCUCAGAAAACAUAAAGAAGAUUAGAAGGAAAUAGCAUGAG